AUGGAUUACCAAGAUCUACUACAUAAAAUAAUAAAAGAGUUUCAUUCACUCAAAGAAUUUAAACCUUGGGAUAGUAGUGUUUUGUAUGAGACUUUACUACGAUCAGUAUUGACUACUUUGAUUGAAGUUUUGGGCAUAAACAAUCAUGCAAAUUAUCUCCAUCUCACCACCAACAAUGAAAGUAUAGGUGAUUUAAAAUUAAAAUUUUAUGGAAAUGCAUUAAACAAGUCAAUCAACGGUCAUAACAUGUUGCAGUAUCUUGAAUCGAAACAUGUAUCGAUAUUACAGGCAGUGGUUGAAAUUAUUAAUGCGCGUUCAUAUAGAAUCAAAGAAUCUUAUUCUGCCAUUUUCAAAGACGUUUCUCAUUUAUUUGAAAAACUACUAAAGGAAAGAUAUGAGGCAGAGACCAGUUUAGAGGAAUAUAUAUUGCAAUGCUUGACGUAUGAGACCCAAUUUUACCAGGGAAUUGUUGAUAAUGUUUUAACUACGGAUGAUACUGAAAAAUUGGCUAGUUUUUUGGGGACACGACUAUCUGAAGAGGACUCCAUGUUCAGUUACAAGGAUAUAGACUAUCCUCUAGAGUUAAAUAUUAAUAAUGAAUCCCUCGAAAAGAUAUAUAGAAUUUUUUUGGGGGUUAUCGGCACCAAGAGAUUUGAUAUCAAGGAGGUUGCUUCUGCUGUUGUUGGUGUGUACAAACGACACCAGAAGAUAGAUCAUUUUGAAAAUUUGGAUUCAGAUGAGAUUUUGGAAAGGUUUUUCAGAAAUAUAUUGCCACAACUGUUCCAAAGUGUGACCAAUAAAGUUUUCCGCGAAUUCUACAAAGAGGUAGAUGACCCGCCAUCGGACGUGCUAGAUCAUCUUGAUGGAAUUGUUGAUGACUUUAUUGCUGUUGGAAUUGAAGGAGUUGAUUUGGAUUUUCCGGCUUUGUUCAGACAUUAUAUAGAAUGUAUGAACGAAGUUUUUCCCACUGUUGUUGAGGAUGCGGACCGCGAUUUUGUUGCGAGGAUUAAUAGUUUGAUUGCCCAAGUAUUGGAGUUUAAAGACGAUGAAAAAUCUUGUGAUAUCAAUCAGGUGGUCUCUGAAUUCGUUUCCUUACAAAGUUUGCUACUUAAAGAUAACUACCUUUCACCGUCUACAUUAUUGAUGCGUGCAAGUACCCAUGAUUACUAUAAAAAUCUACAGAUUAUUAAAAUAACUUUUGAUGGAUGGAAUGAAAAUUCAAAGAGAGUACUGAAUUUGAAAAGCAACAAUUUACUGAGGAACAAGACACUGUCAAAGUAUUUGAAAUUGUGGUACUCCAAGAGUAUGAAGUUGAAUGAACUAUGCCAUCGAGUAGAUAAAUUCUAUGACAGAGAACUUUGUCGGAAAACUUGGCAUUGUUGGAAAACAUAUCAAAAUAUGUAUAAUCUCAAAAUACAUAUUGCUGAUAAACGUCUCCUAAAUCAGUACUAUAUUAAAUGGCGGAAGAAAGAAAAAGAUAUGAAGGCUAAUCUUACUAUAGCUGUUGAAUUUGAUCGUUUCCAUUUAUUGGAUAAGAGUUUUAGGAUAUUAAAAGGGUAUUACAACUUGUCCAAGAACAGUGGUAUACUCGCGACGUCUUUAUAUCAAUCAUUUGAGGAAAAUCACGAUAGUCGUAUCAAGUUAAAGUACUUUCAAAAUUGGCAUCUGCGAAUAUCUGAUAGAGUACAGGAUUUGACUAUUAAGUUAGAAAAGUUCUACCAAGUGAAGGAUAAGUUUGUUUUAGGAAAUUAUUUUGAAACAUGGUAUUAUAAACAUAAACUCAUUAAAAAGUCUAAUAAUUUUGUUUCUGUCAAAGAUUCCCAGUUGUUGGGGAAAACUUUUCUCAAUACAUGGCUAAAAAAGUUCUUGUUAUACAAAAAAGCAUUCAAAAUUGAAUAUGAGCUUGGUGCUGAUUUGAAAAGGAAAACCUUUGAUAGAUGGAAGGAGGCUGUCCAACUUGAAGUCAAGGCAAAAGAAUUCCACGAGAAACAUCUCCUAGAGAAUGUAUUUCAUGAUUGGAAAUUGAAGCGGAUUUUGAUAAGUAACAGAAGUUUGUUUGAUCAUGUUUUGGUACAACGUUGCUUUCACACUUGGUCAAUGGAAAUAAAGCUUCGAGAGCUUCAGCAAGAACAAGAUACUCGUUUAAUGACCAAUUGUUUUCAAAAAUGGAGGAGUAAACAACUUGAACUAGCAAAGCUUGAUGUGAAGUCUCAGGCAUUUUAUGAGUCAAAUAUGAAACGUUUGGUAGUGCAAAAAUGGAAUGUUGAAAACAGUAAUAUUGAACUAUUAGAGAAACGAGCAGAUCGGUUUUUCAUUCGAAGAUUCUUCUUUCACAAAUGGCAAUCAAAAUUGACAAAAUAUGAGGAUAUUACUGUUUAUCACUUAGGAGAUACAAUUGCCACAAAAUUAGCUUACAGAGUAUGGAAGCAGAAAUAUUUUGAAAAAUAUGAGGAGAAAUUAAAUAAAAUGCUUGAAACAAUGGAUAUUAGUGCAGCAAACGUUGUACGUUAUUCACGAUAUUUUGAUAUUUGGCGUACCAAGUUGCAGGCUGUUAAGCAAAUUGAAGAACGUGUUUCUACAUCUGUAGCACCUAGUGUUGCCAUACAUUUUGAAAACUGGCACGCCAAGAGUCAGCAAAAGCAAGAGUUAUUGGAAAGCGCCUUACAGUUUGAGGAGAUAAAUUUAUCUCGUUUUCUUCUCAUUUGGUUUCAGCGUCUUCAAGAAAUCAGCCAGUUGGAAGAUCAGGCAGAAGACUUAUUGGCACAAACCAAUUUCAAUCUACUACGUAAUAUUAUUCAUAAGUGGUCCAUGCUCUACAAUAAGAACAUCAAGCGACAUCAGCAAUUGUGUGAGGAUUUUAUAACAAGAAAAGAAACUGCUAAGGUCAGAUCUAUUUUUGAUUUGUGGUUUUACAAAACCAAAGAGAUCGAAGCUAAUACCACCAUCAUAAGCAAUCCAUCGCCACUUUCCAAGAGAUUUCAGUAUCAACGAGAGAUGGGUUGGACUCCCCAAAAGAAAAAUUCUCCUAUUAGAGUAUUUACUCCCACCACUUCCAAAGAUCCGAGUCCAACUAAACUUCAAGAAACUACCCAGCGAAUGCGAAAUCAGAAUAUUAGUGCUUUGAGGGAGCAUUUUGGAAGAGCGCGAGCGUCAUCUACACCUAAGAAACUAUCUCCUGUACGGCUAUCAUACACUAAUAUUACUUCGAAUCUUAGGCCGCCGCUGCCACCAAAGUUUAAUGAUUCAGAUAUUGCUACUGCCAAGAGUUUGGGUCGUAUUAGACCAAUGGUAUUCCCAAUAGACGAUCAACCAACUUUUUCACCUAUGGAUAAAACAAAAUUACAAUCUAGAAAUGCUACGUAG